UGUGUUCAGCCCCAAUCUGCUCUGAGGGAGUGUGCAGAAUCAUAUUCCGCUCCCUAUUUCCUGGAUCUCACCUGCUCAGACUCUGUCAGGCUGGUGAAUGGGACCAGUCUGUGCUCAGGCAAACUGGAGGUAAAGACUAACCAGUCUACCCAGCGCUGGUCCUCAGUGUGUGAAGAUGACUUUGACCAGCAGGAUGUGGAGGUGGUCUGUAGGGAGCUUGGCUGUGGGGCUCCUUCAGUCCUCCUGGGGGCGCUCUAUGGAGAAGUGGAGGCUCGAAUGAGGACCAAAGAGUUCCAGUGUAGAGGCAAUGGCCCUCAUUUAUCAUUCUUGCGUAGAAACGGGUGUAUAUGUUGGCGUACGAUUAUGCUUACACUCAUACACACCGCCUGAUUUAUGAAGCUGUGCGUACCUUUGAAAUCCAGGUGUACGCAAUACCUGCCCUUGAUAAAUGCCGCGGCUGAAAACGAUCGUCAUUAGAAUAACACGCCCCAAUAUAUUCUCGGUUUUGAGGCCUCGCCCCUACAAUUU